UUCAAAAAGUAAAAUGUAUAUAUUUUCACAGUGAUCCAAAAAUAUCAACCACGUUUUAUUAUUUUUAUAAGUUUUAGAGAGAUUUAAAAAGAAAAUUCGUAAUCAAUCAACCCGGGUACAAUUUUCACUGGAUGUUUCGCAACAUGAUAUGACAUACAAAAGACAAGGGAAAAGAUCGAAUCAUUUACUAAGACAAGAUGUCAGAUAGAAGUAACCGAAAUUUGCAUUAUACUUACGCUAAAUUGAUUAAAAAAGAGAGUUUACAAGUACAUUAGUUACUUUAUGUGAUGCCUUAGUUGUAUCAAAAUUAAUUAAAGUCGGCCGGUAAAUGCUGUUUAAUCCUUUUAGCAAGUAAAUGAAAGUACAGUUAUGCUGCAGUUAGGGUUACUGUGCUUUGACUUGUAACGCGAAUUGAUUGACUUGUAACACUGACAUUAAAUGAAUGUGUAGUAAUGCUAUGGAAGCUUGUGUUAGUAAAUGUACUGGUGUUGGUAAUAGUGUAAUACCACACAAUCACUACGAAGCAUGUUUACAUAAUUAGGUUUUUAAUAGAUUUUGCGAGUUGACUGGCAAAACUCUGCUAUAGGAGACAAUCCUCUGGCAACUCUGAAUUAUUUCAGCAUAUUUGCGAACUCUUCUAUCAUGUAUAACAUAACUUUCUAUUCUUCAGUACAUUUUUUUUUAAAUUGUAUUUUGAAUAACAGUUACCCUCACCAUGUUUGAGGCCAGGCGGAGACGUGGGGUCAUCACGGAUGCGGCCUUUAUGAGCGAUGUCCGUCGAAAAAUGGAUAUAGAGUAUCAGCUGCGCCUGCGCAAGCAAGAACUCGCUAGAGCUCAAGCCGAGUUGAAACGCGAGAGCCGAGCUAAACAACAGAGAUUCGCAUCAACAAAAUCGGCAAAACACACGGCUCAGAACCACGAGAGACCCUGGGCAACAGACGCUACCAAGAAGCUAGCUGCUUCAUCUGGUGACCCUGCCAGUGCCAGUGAAGGACAUUCAGUGAACAAAGGAUCUGUGUCCCAUCUCCCUGCUAUAGCCAACAAAGCAGAAAUCAAGAGACAGAAGCUGGCAGGCACUUCAAAGAAACAGGAAAGAAAAAAUCCUUCCUGUCAUCCCACUGGAAAACUAAGUACUGAGAACUCUGCACCUCAGAAACGUCAAGGAACAGUGAAAAAAACACACAAAUUCUCUUAUUCAUAUUCAGAAACGUCCCAUAUGUUGACCCAGAAAUCCAUGCCGAAGUUCACUGAUGGAGCUUCUCCUGGGUUACGUCCAGGAGGAAGGCUCAAAAGAAAAGGCCAUCAAGACAAGCAGAGUGUAAAUGUAAGCUCAGAGCACGAAGCACCAGCAAGGCAUUUAAACAGAAAAUCCAACAACUUACAAAUGUUAGCAUCCUCUCGUUCCACAGAAGCAGGUAAGCUGUCAUCCCCCAAGUCCCAUAUUCCCUGUCCUCUUAAUGAGCAUCAGCCUGUGGAGGGUCCAUUAAGGUUCAGAGGUGAAGACUUUCUUAGAACUUUAGACAGCCGUGUUGAUGAGGAACAAGACAGCAGUGAUGAGGAUGAUAGAAAUGACCUUUUAGACGAGUCUGAUGAUCUGCACAGUUCUUCACAGAGCUCCACUGCUGGAUUGCCACAAGGAUCAAAUGGUUCCUUAGGGAGGAGCACUGUCGUGGAUUCCACUUCCACUGGCCCACAAAGCAAUUUUGAACCUGUGGACACCCUUUCUUUUGACACAGAGAAUGAGGACCUGGCGAUCAGCCACUUGUCCACCAGAUCUAACACGUCCAACACCCAGGAUCGAUCUUCAGAUUCGGAAUACUGCUUAAUUACUAACAGUGGGAAUUCUAAUUCAAGUGUAGCCCCUCGGAGGGCAAGUUUCUUUACCACCGCUGUAGGCAAUCGUGUUCAAGACAAUGAAGAAUUUGGGAGUUCGAUUGUUAACCGCGCUUUGGGCAAUCGACUCAGUAACAGUGCCAUGAGGCAAUGCCGAGAGAUCCCUUCUGACAAUUUGUCCAGAAUGUCCAAUGAGGACCAUCAGGACUUUAUACCACCUAUAAGACAAAGUGGUACUAUAGCCACAAGCUUUACUUCUAAUGCAAGACCAAAUGCCGACAGAAACCAGAGAAACAGCAACCUGCUCUCAAACUCGCUAGAGCCGUCACUACAGUUACCAAGUCUGGACCCAAGAUUUACCUCUUUAACAAGUCUGCUGUCUCCAAUGGGAAUGGAAAAUUCCACCUAUGCCAGGUGGGCAGAAAGCAAUGAAUCGUUGGCAAUCAUCAGCAACCCUGAACGGGUUAUCAGACAACCGCUGAACAGAAGUAGGCUUUCAAGGGAAACAGUGCAAGCUAAUGAAGGAAUUGAGACAGCAUCAGAGCCAAGCGCUCCCUCAUUAGUCGCUGUUAACCCAGUCCCGGUUCUGCCUAGUUUCACAGCACCCAGCACAUUGAGAGAUCACCUGCCUCUAGCCUUAUUGGCUUUAUCUGAGCUUAGGGGACAGGCUGGAUCAAUGAGUCAAGGUUCAGCAUCUCAGGCAGGAGGAGACCCCAGCAGACCAGCAGCAGAUCCAGAGAAACUUCGGAAAAUAAAAGAGAGCUUGCUGGAGGAGGACUCUGAUGAAGAUGAAGGGGAUCUGUGCAGGAUCUGCCAGUCUGGAGUGGGCACACUGACCAAUCCCCUGCUAGAGCCGUGUCAAUGCACUGGCAGCAUACAGUACAUUCAUCAGGACUGUCUGAAACAGUGGGUACAAGCUAAAAUCAAGGCGGGAGCAGAGCUGUCUGUCGUCAGGACCUGUGAGCUGUGUAAGGAGAGCCUGAAGCUGGAUCUGGACGGCUUCAAUGUAGAGGAGUGUUAUCAGAAGCACCGCGAGGCCCUGAAUCAGGAGGAUCUGUCACACAGUGGCAUGUACCUGGUCCUGCUGUUGCACCUGUACGAGCAGAGGUUUGCUGAGCUGCUAAGACUCUCCCACAGCCGCUACAUUAACUACAGGCUUGCAAGACCCCGCCCGCUGCAGCGAUCAGGAGAAAGUGAAAGAACAAUAUCUGAUGAAGACGAUCACAGCUCCGAGAAUCAAAUGCAGGUCUUGACCCAUGGAAACAGCUCCCCACGUAGAGACACCUGAGCUACACAGUUCUUCUCCUUAAGAGUUUUACAUUGUGAAUCAUAUGUUGUGUGCAGGUUUUGAUUAAACAUGUUCAAUGGAAUAUAAUGAUUCACACUUAUAUUUUGAAAUUAAAAA